AUGGCCGAAGGAAAUCUAUACAGUCUCCUUUGUUUGUAAAGUUUUUGAGAAACAAUUUACCUAAAAUAUUCCAAUAUGAAUGAAAUAGAUAUAAAUAUCGAAGGUUUCAAUGUUAACGGCAUAUGUGUUGGCUGUUUAAACUACAACCGCAAAAUGUACUCCGACAGUAGAAUAAAUGAUUGUUUUAAAUUGUUGGGCAAAAUCGAAGUGCCCGACUGCCUCUACAUCCAAGUGUGUUGGGAGUGCUUGGCUGCCGUUCGAACCGUGCACAACUUUCAGAAGCAGAUUGUCAAGUCAUUUGAAAUCCUCCAUGACUAUUCAAGAAAGCACAUGUUCCUGGACAACCCGUCGGACUUGUCGCAACAUGCCAAGACACGUUUCAGCGUGUCGCAGAUGGAGAUCGAACCGACUUUGUGCGCACCGAUGCCGGCGAAGAUUGAAAUAAAGAUUGAGCCUCAAUAUGUUGAAGAUAUCGAUGACUUCUCAGCCCAAGUGAAAUCGGAAGACAAAAAUGAUAGUUAUCAAGAGGACGACUCGACCAUAGACAAUAAUUCUAUAGACAUGACCGUUGAAGAUGCCUCGAUGGAUCAUCAGCCUUCAUCUGAUGACGAUGACGUGAUACUGUCGCAACUGAAGGAAAUGAAGAAAACUGUGAAAGUCAAAAAAGACGUGAAACCGAACAAGGGCAGGAAACUGAAGAACCUUCCCGAAGACCUGGUGGAGGUUUACACCAUGGGCGAGGAGGAGAUGUGGUCGGUGAGGAGGGGGGACGUCUCCGGCGAGGAGUUCCAGAGUGUGAAGUACAAGUGUGAUGACUGCAUCAUGGGAUUCCUCUCCGCUAAGCUCAGGGACGCCCAUGCGGCCAGACAUCAGCCGAAAGGCGACAAUUCCAUCCAAUGCGACGUUUGCAAAACGUAUUUCCUCACCAAAGACAACUUCCUCGCGCAUCGGAAACACCAUGCGUCCGCGUACCGCUGCCGGCGAUGCGGCUUCCGGAGCACAGCGAAGCGCAUCAUGGCGAAGCACGUGACCUCGCAUGACGUCACAUGUUACAAGUGUGACGAGUGCGAUGCGAGAUUUCACACGCGAUCCAAACUCACUUACCACAAGUCGGUUUGCAGCCGAGAGCGUCCCCAGUGCGACUGCUGCGGCAAAGUGUUCGCUAACAAGAUGACGCUGAAGUAUCAUCUCAAAGCUAACAAAACCACGAAUCGGCCCAAAGAGAAAGUGUACAUUCCAUGCAAGGGGUGCAACAAAAUAUUCCAUUCAAAGAAGAGUUACAAAGCGCAUUCCGUCAUCCACGAGGGUCUGACGUACCCGUGUCAGAUAUGUGGCAAGCUGUUCCAGUGGAAGAGGAACCUCGCCCGCCACACUCGCAACCAUCGCGAGCGCGAGGCGGGCGCGCUUCACGAGUGCCGAGAAUGCGGGAAGUCUUUCUCCAGCCGAGACUGCUACAACAACCAUAUGAAGCUGAGCAAGAAGCAUGCGCCGCCUGACGCUUAUAUUCACCAAUGCAGUUUUUGCGGUAAAAAAUUCGCCACGAAAUGGUGCAUGGUGGAUCACGUGAAUUGGGAGCAUUUGAAGAACAUCAAGUAUCAGUGUAACAUAUGUUUCAAGGCAUUCAAAACGGCCAAGAUAUUAGUGGCUCACGUGAGGAAUUUGCACGGCGAACCCAAGCGAGAAUUGGAAGGGGAACACCUGUGCGAAAUAUGUGGGAAGUCUUACAAGACCGAGAAACGUCUCAAAGCGCACGUGUGGGCUAUGCACACGAGGCGCUCCACUCAGAAAACGUUCAGAUGCAAAUUAUGUCCGGCCACGUUCACAUGGCAGACGUCUAUAUACAAACACAUGAAGAUGAUGCACGAUAACAAUAAGAGGAACAAACCGCCAAGAACAGUGCCGUUGAAGAAGGAGGAGGGGGCUCACCCGGGCAUCGAACUGGCGAAUCGGAUGCAGUUCUACAAUCAGCCACAGAGCAUGAACGGCUUACAGAGCAUAGCGCCGCCUGUGCCUAUUUCAUUUUAGUUAUUUUACUAGUUUAGCCUGUAGUCCGGUCAAUUUAGACCAAAAAAUAUGUAAGAAUGAAUUAAUUCCCAUCAAGCUGAAAAUGAGUAUAAUUGUUUAAAACACAAUCAAAAGCAUUAUUUCAAAAUUCCCCAUGGUUCCGGUUUAAGGAAAAAAAUUUACCCAAGGUCAAAGGUAAAAAAAUGGGUGUUUCAAGAUUUUCUUCAAAACGGUACGUUUUAUCGGAAUAUUACCUCAGACAUAGAUCAUACCUAAAGUUAUCUAUAAAAAAGGUAUCAAUAUUUUUUUUCAAUAAAGCUACCGUUUCUGAGAUAUAACGAUGAAAAAAGUUGCAAGCGUCAUAAUAUGCACACGUUUCCACGCCACGUUUGUGUUUUAAACAAUUAUACUCAUUUUCAGCUUGAUCGGAAUUAAUGUAGCUUCGAAUGUCUAGAUUGACCGGAUUACAGCGCAAUAUUAGAGCCAUCUACAUCGAGGAUUGCAGGUUUAUCGCAAUUCCCUCGGGAGCUGUAGUUUUUACCGGGAUGAUAUGUGAAUAAGAAUUAAUAUAAAUAUAUACGGGACAAGCCUUUUACUCUCGAAGUAAGUUCGAGACUUGUGUUACGAGAUGCUAACUCAACGAUACUAUACUUUGUAAUAAAUCUAUACUAAUAUUAUAAAGCUGAAGAGUUUGUUUGUUUGUUUGAACGCUCUAAUCUCAGGAACUACUGGUUCGAAUUGAUUUUUUUUUCCAUUUUUCCAAGACCAUUUAUUGAGGAAGGCUAUAUAACAUCACGCUGCUACUAUGAGAAGCAAAGAAAUAAUGGAAAAUGUGAAAAAAAAAACGGGGAAGAUUAUUCAUCCUUAAGGGCUUCAAUGAUGCCCAAAAUAAUUAUUCCACGCGGACGAAGUCGCGGGCACAGCUAGUACUUAUAUAAAUAAACAUCCAAGACUCAGGCCAAUCAGAAAAGUUAGUUUCUCAUCAUGCCCUGGUCGGGAUUCGAACUCGGGACCUCCGGUGUCACAGACAAGCGCACUACCGCUGCGCCACAGAAGCCGUCAUGAAAGGUAUCAUAUGUCUUUAAUUAUAUAGAUAUAAUCGUUAAUUUCAAGAACAUUAUAUUUAUGUAUGUUUAUUGAAAUAAUUAUUAUAGUUAUAAAUAAUAAUUAAAUAUUUUUGACUGUAAAAUUGGGACAGGGCCUGCCUCGUCGAACUUUCAACGACCAAAUUUUGUAUAUCUUAAAAAAGAGAUAGGAGUUAGGAGUACCCGUAAUAGUCGAGUAUGCGUGAAAAGAGUAAUGAGUGUGGAGGAAGCGGGUGAGGUCUGUGAGGAUCGUCGCAAGUGGAAAUACAUAGUCUCUGCCUACCCCAAUGGGAGAAAGGUGUGAUGGUAUUGCCUGUUAGUAUAAAAUUAAGGAAAAGAUAAUUGCAGGAUUCGUGACAAGUGAAAAGAUGAAGUCUCUGCCUACCCCUCCGACUAAAAAGCGUGAUUAAAAUAGAUAUUUUACACACGUACAUAAAACGUGUGUAAAAUAGAAUUGUAGUGCGUUCAGGCAGCAUUUUAUAUAAAAUUUUCUAAUAAUCAAUACGAUGUUCAUUGAGUAUAUUUUGAAAUAACCAUUUUUAACGAUGAAGAAAUAGUAACCGAGCAUGAAUUUAAAGAUAAAAGACUGUAUGUAUGUAUUUGUAUGUUUGUUUGUACACGCUAAUCUCCGGAACUGGAGGACGGAUUUGAUUGAAACUAUUUUUUUGUAAGGGUAUCAUUUAUUUUACAAUCUGGAAUAGCUAUCAAUUAUAUACCUACAUACGAUGAUAUUAUGUCUUACUGUAAAUAUGAAGUUUUAUUUGAUUUGAUUUUAAUUAUAAGAUGAUGAAUUUUAUUUGAAAAAAUGACACUCAAAAUACAUCACUAAUUAUUCAUCAAUAAUUGUGAUUAUUUACAAAUAUGUACUUGACUAAUUAUACAAAUUAAGUCUAUUAUUAUAUUAUACAAUGCUUUUACUUAGUAUUAAUAUUAUUUAAUAGAACUGCCAUAU